GGUUAAUAAUGGAAUGAAAUGUGUAGAGUCGAUGAUGAGAUAUAUAUCUUGCGAUCCCGCCCGCUACUAUUCGUAGACUGCCGGCGCUAUUUGUUUCCUGAUACCCAAAGUUUAUUGCUCAUUAUCAGACUUUCUCCUGGAUAUUUGCAUUUAUCUCCACGAUAUCAAUAAUCACCCCAUCCUCUUCGCCAAAACAAAACAAAACAAAACAAAAAAGCAUUAUCAUCACUCAAAAUGCAACUCAAAACUACUCUCACGCUUCUAUCUCUCCUCAGCCCAAUCCUCGCCCUCGACUACAUAUCAACAUAUAACCUCGGCGCUGCUCGUUGGGACGCAACCCUGACCGACACACCCAACAACAUUACUUGCACGGUCACUUACGACAAUAUUGCUUCCCUCCUCAUCGCAGAUUCAGAUGGAUAUCUCAGUAGUGCGGUUGCGAUUGUGAUGCCAUGUAGUAAUCUAAAUGCAGUUGCCACAACCGUUGUUGGGAAAGAGAGUUCGAGUGUCAGCUAUACGGUGCCCGGGGGAGAGAAGAAAGAUUUUGUGGUAGCAAGUCGGACUGUGUUAGAUGAUGGAGAGGUGAUUAUGAUGUCUUAUGGAGCAUGAAGCGGAAGCGAUGAGAAUUUGGUGGAAGCGAAAAGGAGAUGAAGAAAGGAGGAGGAGAUGGAGAUAGAGGAGACAAAAGGGGCUAAUGGAGUUGCGGAAAGAGUAAAUGAAGAACGAUAUGGGGUCAGAUGGAGAAACUGUAGAGGAUGUGGUAAUGGCAGACAUAGAAGGAAAGAUAUGUACGAAAUCACGAUCGAGAAGAGAAGUAUUUAAUAUGUCUUAUAGCAGCUGCGAGAGACAGUAGCUAUAGACAGCGAAUGAGCAAACAGUCAGAUACCCAGAUCUAACGAGCUAUGGAAAUUCAAUUUCUGUGCGAGUA